CUCGCCUAUAUUUUAACAGUGUUUUAGUCUGUAAAGAUGGCGGGUAUGUUGUGCAGUGCCAUUAUGAUAUAUGUACUGAACCUGUACAGGGUAGAAGCUGUCGACUUCAAACCAUGUAUCACUCAACUUACAAAUGGCUGUAGUAUUCCUCUGGGAUUUCCCUUCCCUUAUAAAGACGUGUUUCUCCCCGCUUGUGAGAGACACGAUAUUUGCUACCGAUGUGGAAAAAAGUUUAAUUGGACGAGAAGCCAGUGCGACAACGCCUUUAAAGCUAACAUGCUGACCAUGUGUAAAUUAAAAGAAGAAUCGAAAUACGCAGUAACUUAUGGCGGAACGUUUUGGGAGAAGUUGCGGUCAGCGUUCAAAGUGGCGACAGCUAUGGCAAGAUGGAUUCUCAUUAAGUCAGGAACUCUGGAUCAUUGUAUGAAUGGAAGUGAUGUAUAUUACAAAGGUGUGAAGGGGUUUGGACACAGCAGUUUUGGUUCAAUUGACCCGAAGUGUGACUUACAAUGUGCAAAGGUCUUAGGAGAUCCUGCUAAUGUAUUGUAAAAUACAAUAAUGUAUUGUAAAAUAAAAUUUGUUUCGUUGAAUAUAUUCACGCAAAAUGUGAAAA